GCGCUGGGCUCGCCUUUCCACACAGAUUCCUUCUGCUACUGACUUACUGUAGUUGUUGAGAACCUUCAUUUUGUGGAAUUGGAUAAGUGUUUACACCGUGUGGAACUUGCGAUCGGACAGCAUCGCCAUGAAUUCGAAUCUACUGCCUCUUCAUCAGAAAAUCAAUCAAAGAGUGGGACAUGUAGCUGUCUCUUACAAAGGAAAGCUGCUUGUUUGGGGUGGUUACAUGGAAUACUCUGACCCAUCCGAAACAGCAACUCACCACCAUGCAACUGAUGAACUUUUUAUUUAUGAAACUUUUUCUGAGCUAUGGGAACGCAAGCUGUUGAAAGGCGACAUUCCACCUCGGAGCUCUGGUGGAUGUGGAGUGGUGCUUGGAGAUACACUUUACUUGUUUGGAGGAGUUGAGGAAUUUGGUGGGAAUACAAAUGAUUUGUAUGCUCUAAAUUUACUGACAAUGACUUGGACUCUUUUGAAGCCUAAAGGUAUUCCACCAAUCCCUUGUGAAAAGCUAGUGGGGUGGGAGCAUGGAGGGAAGACUUACUUCUUUGGUGGAUUUGGACCAGUUCCAGACAGGCACGUUUUUUUCCAAUUUGUAAUUGAUGAUGAAACAGGCAGUGCAUGGAAUAAUCAAUUUUUUGGCUACAACCCACAAACCAACAAUUGGGAGUGGCCUUAUGUAAAUGGUCAACCACCAUCCCCGAGGGCAGCUCAUGCAGGGGACAAGUGUGGUCCGCAAGUAUUUAUUAACGGAGGCCGCCUGAAGACUGUUAGAAAGAAUGAUUUGUACGUCUUGGACAUGGAUACUAUGACUUGGAGUGGAAAUAUAAAUGAAAGUGCGGAAUGUGUACCUCCAGGUCGCUCUUGGCACAGCUUUACUUUUGUAUCACAAGAACGUGCUGUUCUUUAUGGUGGUUUUAGUACUUAUAAUAACAUUUUAAAUGAUUGUUGGUAUGUGGAUAUUUCUUCAAACAAAACAAAUGCUGAUGAAAGAACUCCUACAAGUAACAAGUGGAAAGUCAAAUAUAGCUUACCACCCCACCCACAAAGGUUCUGUCUGCGGCGCUUCUGGCAUAAGACAGUACAUUUAGAGGAUACUGGAGAUUUAAUAUGUUUUGGUGGAUUUAAUCGGUUCAAUAAUCCACCUUUAAUUGUAAUUCAUGCAGAUGAUGAAGACCACACUCAGGAUCAGGAUUUAAAGCCAGACCAUACUAAUGUGAUGCUCACUAUCCAUUUCAAACCACUAACUCUCCUGAGAUUGAGCUUAAAUGCUACUUUGAAGUAUCACAAAAAAAAUCAAAGCUUGUGGGAAACUCUUCCACAUACUUUACAAGCUUUACUCACAAAACGAUUUUCUCAAAUUUAUCCAUAAAAUGUUACAAACGGUUUAGACAUUUCAUCCGCUCACUGCAUAAGUACCUCACUAGCCAAUAAUGAAUUCCAUCUUAAGAGGUGUAAUAAGUAACAGUCAGCUAUCAACUACAAGAUACCACCUGCAUUUUUCUUUUUGAAGACAUCAAUCAUUUAAUCAAUCAAUGCAGGAAAAUUCUUACCUGGGCAAACAAUUUUUGUAGAAAUAUCUAUCAAGCUUCAUUAAUGAACUUUUACCUCGAAAUUUUAGACAUUGUUGUGCUUCCUUGGUGUAGUGCUCCGAUUUGACCCUUUCUUAUUGGUGGGACCAAGCUUAUUUCAAGAAUUUAAAACUGGGAGGAAAGAUCGCAAAAAUUUGUAUUGCGCCAAGUUGAAGCUUAGUUGUGGCAAUGUGACACUCCGUCCUGAAUGCUCCUUUCCACAUUAUUAAAUUGUACUCAAGCUACAAGCUAUUACUUUAAUUGUUACUUAAAUUGUUUGUAUAUAUUUACUGUUGGUUUUGUUACUGUUUAGAAGAAUUUUUUAAUUUUGAGACGUGUGCCUAAUGCUGUUUCUAUAUGUAUAAGUUGUUGUCAAAUUUCUGCUGUGAUUAUCUGUUUAGUUGUUGUAAAAUUUAUGUAAUAGUAGUAAAUUUAGUUCUCAAGUUUAUGUUUACAUCUAAUGUGUUCAGUAGCAACUUGCUAUGCUGUCAAACGCUGAAUAAAAUGUUGUUUGCAAUGUUGACAUGUG